AUGUACGUGUUUCGCAUAGGAUUUUUCGUUUUUCUCCAAUUACUCGCUUUUUCCGAGUGUAACGAUCAUGUCGAGGUGUACAAGGCGGUUCUUGGCGAAGAUUUCGAGGCGGAUACUCUCGACGGGUCAGACGUCCCUUGGUCGGACGAAGUUUUCGAAUUGUUCAGCGACACCGGUAACGCUUCUUUCCCGGCCGAGUCCACCAAUUGCUCUGACAUGAAUUCGGUAAUAUCACGUGGCUUGAAAUGGAUGUUCGCGAAUAAAGUAGAUUUGAAAAAAGCUGUCAAGCUUCGCGUCUAUUUGUCGACGAGGAAACAAACCAAUCGCUUCGAAGCAUUCGCAAACGAUAAGUUUAAUCUCGAGAAGAGCGAUUUCAACAUCGAACGAAGGACCGUCGUCAUCGUCCAUGGUUUCUUGAACAGCGCAUCCGAGUCGUGGAUCAAGAAAUUGGAAGAGGCCUUUUUACUUUGGGGCGAUGUCAACGUUCUCGUGGUCGACUGGUCGGCGGUAGGAAAAACCAUCAACUACUACAAAGCAGCAAUCAUGACGAGAGUCGUCGGCUUCGAAAUCGCGAGAUUCCUCCAUCGAGUGGUCAAUGUGACCGUCGAAUCGAACCCGCAACCGAAAUGGGGAAAGCUUCAUCUAGUCGGGCACAGUCUUGGAUCCCACAUCAGUGGUGUCGCAGCUUACGACUUCAAAAAAAUGCAGAGCUUAUGGCAAGUGUGGAGAAUUACUGGUUUGGACCCAGCUCUGCCGUGUUUCGAACAGGUCACCGAUGUCUACCGUCUCGAUCCGACUGAUGCAAAGUUGGUUGAUGUUCUCCACACUAGCGCGACUGAAAAGUGGACUGUGGGAUUCGGAAACGUUGAACCUUUAGGUCACGUUGAUUUCUAUCCAAACGGUGGAAAAAGACAACCAGGCUGCCACCGAGUGCAGGGUUCCAUUUUCGACUUCGUAUAUGUGCCAGUUGGACCUAUAAAGCGAGGCACGUGCAGUCAUUCUCGUGCCCAAGAAUACUUCACCGAGUCAUUGGUCAACGCGGCCAAAGGUGGUUGCACUUUCUGGGCGAAAAAAUGGGACCGCACUUACAACGGAGCUAUGAACGUCAUAACGCAAUCCUGUGAUAAGUCCAAUUGCAUAGAAAUGGGUAUCCAAACUGAAAAUUAUUCUUCCGCUUCGGGCACAUAUUUCGUCACUACUGCCAAGAGAUCACCGUACUGUGUUACGAACAAGCAAAGUAUCGAAGAAAACAAAUACCAGUUGGAGCUCGACUUCCUGAACGAUGGCCAGCAGCAGUAAUGAUUGUAAAGAACUUGUCAAAUUUUCCAAAGAUUUUUCGUAAUAAAUACUCGUUUUUUAAAAUAAA